AUAGUAUAACAUAUUUAAUUUAAGAAAGAUCAAAAUCAUGUGAUGAUAUCAAAUCAAAUCACAGCAUAAGUUUCUCAAAGUGGUGAGAGUUUGUGACGGAGAAAGAGAGAUUAUCAUCAUGUGGCCAUUCAGCAGGAAAGGGGUAUCUGGGUUUUCAUGGAAGUCAACUGCUGAAGAAGUUACUCAUGGAAUUGAUGCAACUGGCCUCACUGCUAUUGUCACUGGAGCAUCCAGUGGUAUUGGCACUGAGACUACGCGUGUUCUUGCUUUACAUGGUGUCCAUGUGAUUAUGGCUGUUAGAAAUAAGGUUAAUGCUAAUAAUACCAGAGAAGCAAUACUUAAAGAGAUUCCCUCAGCAAAAAUUGAUGUCAUGGAGUUAGAUCUCAGUUCAUUGGAAUCUGUCAAGAAAUUUGCAUCCGAAUUUAAUUCCUCUGGUCUUCCGUUGAACAUAUUGAUAAACAAUGCAGGAGUCAUGGCAUGCCCUUUCAUGCUUUCCAAUGACAACAUCGAACUACAGUUUGCAACAAACCACUUAGGUCAUUUUCUCUUGACAAAUCUUUUGUUGGACACUAUGAAGAAAACAGCUAGUGAAAGUAAGACUGAAGGAAGAAUUGUUAAUGUCUCCUCAGAAGCUCACAAAUUUGCAUAUUCUGAAGGAAUCCGUUUUGACAAAAUUAAUGAACAAUCAAGUUACAGCAAAUGGGGUGCAUAUGGACAGUCAAAGCUUGCUAAUAUUUUACAUGCCAACCAACUUACAAAACAUUUCAAGGAUGAUGGUGUGAAUAUCAUUGCAAAUUCUCUUCAUCCAGGAGGCAUUGCCACCAAUCUUUACCGUCAUAACAGUGCAAUCAACGGUAACUAUUAUAGCAUUAUACUAUUCAGUAAAUGUGGUUGGCAAACUUGUGAUGAAAAACGUUCCACAGGGGGCAGCCACAACCUGCUAUGUAGCAUUGCACCCACAAGUGAAGGGAGUUAGUGGUGAAUAUUUUUCAGACAAUAAUGUGGCCAAAUCAAGUUCACAUGGGAAGGAUGCUGAUUUGGCUAAGAAACUUUGGGAUUUCAGCAUGAAUUUGAUCAAGGACAAAUAGAAUAACCAAGUGUUGUAUAAGAAUGAAAAUGACAUUGUAAUGUGUGUGCACGAAACUAAUUGAUAAAAAGAAAAUGGAAAUAACAUUCAUUGUUCAUGUCAAUGUGAAAUGCAUCUAUAACAUAAUUGAUUGUCACGUUUGAAACAAGAUUGUAAUUCAAUAUGAAAUAGGGUCCCUUAAUAUGGACCUCUUGUAAAAGGGUCCAAACAUGGUCCUCCUAAAUCAAACCGAAUAUUGCCCUUUUUGUUCUUUGGUUUA